AUGAAAGCACUUGUCUACGGAGGUCCAGGGAUCAGAGCCCUUAAGCAGGUUGCGAUUCCAACGGUGUCCCGUCCAACAGACGCCAUUGUCAAGCUUACUGCCACCACCAUCUGCGGUAGUGACCUGCACAUCCUGAAAGGUGAUGUUCCAGAGACCGGUCCGGGUGCCAUUUUGGGCCACGAGGGUAUCGGUAUCAUCCACGACGUUGGUGCUGGAGUCUCGAAGUUCAAGAAGGGCGACAAGGUGUUGAUCUCGUGUAUCACCUCCUGUGGUAGUUGUGCCUACUGUAAGAAGGGCUUGCAAGCGCACUGUCUUGAAGGUGGUUGGAAGUUGGGUCACGAAAUCAACGGUACCCAGGCGGAAUACGUCAAGAUCCCACACGCUGAUUACUCCUUGUACGACGUUGGUCCACUGGCUGGCAAAGUCAAGGACGAAUCCCUACUGAUGCUUUCCGAUAUCCUGCCAACUGGUAACGAGAUUGGUGCCCUUAACGGUAAGGUUGAGGAAGGUGACAUUGUUGCUGUUGUCGGUGGUGGUUCUGUCGGUAUCAGUGCCCUGAUUGCGGCAAAGACCUACAAGCCUGCAUUGACCAUCGUUGUUGACUUCAACGAGGAGAGAUUGCGUAUAGCCAAGGAAGUGUUUGGUGCAGACAUUGGUGUCAACCCAGGAAAGGUUGAUGCCGUCGAGGAGAUCAAGAAGCUGACUGCCGUCCAGAACACCGGUGCUCGUGCCCAACUGCACCCAGGUGUUGACGUUGCCAUUGAGGCCGUUGGUAUCCCACAGACGUUCGACACCUGUCAGAAGAUCAUUGCUCCAGGUGGACGUAUCGCCAAUGUUGGUGUCCACGGUAAACCAGUUGAUUUGCAGUUGCAGGACUUGUGGAUCAAGAACAUCAACAUCUCAACUGGUCUGGUCAACGCCAACUCUACAGCCUCCUUGCUGGAGAAGGUCUCCACCGGUGUAUUGGAUCCAAGCCCAUUGGUCACCCAUCACUUCAAGUUCGAUGAGAUUGAGAAGGCAUACGACGUGUUCUCAAACGCUGAGAAGGAGAAGUGUAUCAAGGUGUUCUUCACCUUUGAUUAA